AUGGCCUUCAAGUUCGGCUUAAAGAACAAGCUAGCAAACGGCCCGAACAAAGCAACACUAGGGAAACCGUCGCUGGGAAAGAGGAAGCCGCUAUUUGAUGAAGAAGAGGAUGAGCCCGAACCCAAGGCAAAAACCACAGAUAGUGCCGAAGAAAUUGCAGAGUUCAACUUCGAAGAUACGUUGACUACGUCGAAAACCGAAGAACCAGCGUCAAAGCCCAAAUCAAAGACCAAACCACUCGAGCCUCCGACCCGGAAGCCGCUGGCGAAGGACGAUGACCCUACCAGAGUUGCGAACCUCGCAAGCGCCAAAGAGUCGGAAAGACGCGCGAAAGAGGCCGAGGAGCUGGACGCAAACAUUUACGACUACGAUGCCGCAUAUGAAGCGAUCCACGCAAGGCAGCUAGCGAAGAAGGCGGCUGAGCGCGAAGAAGGCGCUGAGCAAACACCCAAAUAUAUGCAGGCCUUGUUCCAAUCGGCAGAGCAGCGCAAGAAAGAUCAGCUUGCUGCGCGAGACAAGAUCUUGCAGCGCGAACGGGAGGCCGAGGGCGAUGAGUUCGCCGACAAGGAAAAGUUCGUGACGGGCGCGUACAAAUUGCAGCAGGAGGAAGCGCGCAAGGCCGAAGAAGAAGAGAAGAAGAGGCAGGAGGCCGAGGAAGAGCAGAAGCGCACAUACGGCAUGCAGAAUUUCCACAAGCAAAGGCUGAUGGAGGAAGAGAAACGACACCAAGAAGCCAUGGAGGCUGCGGCGGAGCUCGUCAAGUCGGAUGUGAAGCUUGAAGAACAACCGAAGGAGAAGACAGAUGCAGAGAUGGCUGCAGAGGCACGCGCUCAGGGCAAGGACAUCACCCUGAACGAGGAAGGUCAGGUCACGGACAAACGACAGCUCCUUUCCGCAGGUCUUAAUAUCAUUGCGAAACCUAAGGAGCCGACGGCCGCCGCUGCCGUUGCAACCAAGCCAACAGGCCCGGCCACCGGCGUGCAGAGCCGCAAUUCCGCGCGGAACGACAUUCGGGCUAGACAUACCCAGAUGGUCGCUCAGCAGAUCGCACAAGCUGCGAAGCGUAAAGCAGAUGAAUCGGCUGAAGAGGCCAGAAAGCUGCAGCAUGCAAGCAAGAGCCAGAAAACGGCAAGCGAUAUUAGCAGUGCAAAGGAGCGCUACCUCCAGCGCAAGAGAGAGGCUGCGGCUGCAAAAGCGGCAGCUGGGGGCAAAUGA